AUGGCGGACCACACAGGCCAAAAAAUGACUGGGCCGGCGUCGCCCGUUGUGGUAUCAAGCGCGUCAUCAAUAUCAACUGGCCCUCUGCCUUCGCCGGGAGCAAGCAGGCGCAACUCGCCUUCAGAUCAGAACAUGAAUGCUACACAGGCUGAUCCCUCCAUGCCGACUCAACUGGCACAUCCGCCCCCGGCACCAACUCCAACUGCACCAGCGGCACCGGCGACGCCUCUGACACCAGCGACCCCGAUUGCCUCUGGAGCAGCGUCUGCCCUGGGCCAACACAGUAACGCUGCGGCACAGAUGCUCCCGAGUGUGCAGACUGUACGACCUCAGAUGCCAUCGUCGACAAUGGCUCAGGUUCAUCGACCGCCGAUCAACGGCUUUGGGCCGCCUCCUAUGCAUCCUCAGCAGGGCCAAAGGCAAAGGGUUGCCUACCCAUCUCCGAGGUUUAACACGGCGAUUCACAAGGCCCACAAGCCAACAUUGACUCAAGCCAUCGCAGAUUUUGGCUCAAGGCUUGUUCAAACGUCAAAGUCCCAGCUUAUCUCACACUUCACAGCAGAGGACUUGGAUGAAGUAGCAGAUGAGAUCCUGAGCAAGGCCAGCACCAACUUUUUGGACCAGGCCCUGGCCCGGCGGUUGGAGACCAUUCGUGCCCGUUCGCUGGUAAAUGCUCUGGCCAAGGCAGAGCGUCUUGGAUAUGAUGUCAAGGAUGCUGUCGAGGAGAGAAAGGAUGGAACUGAACAUGUUAUUCCGUACAUGAAGCAUGAUUUGGCCCAACACCCAUCACAACAUGAGCAGCCUCAGGUUUGCUACGGCAAUUUCAGGACAAUUGACCGAGUUGGCAGAGAGAUUUGCCCUCACUGCGGAUCCUACUUCAGUACUGGUGGUUUGCCGUAUCAUAUCAAGUCGCAAGCGUGUGGGAAAUACACCGAGAGGGACGCCUCUGCCCUUAUGCCAUCACUACAAAGGUUCUACCAAGAGCAUGUUUCUGCUGGACCCUCUGGAGCGGCCCAGGGCCCACGGUUAAUGCCGUCGUCAACCCCAGAUCAGAGCCGGAGGCAGCCUGCCCAGUCAUCUGCCCCUACCACUCAUUUCACAGCUGUAAACUCGGGCACGGCGGCGACGAUGACGCCUCGGAGUGCCUCUGCAACAGGGAAAGGCUCUGGCCCAUAUGCACACCUCUCGCCCGAGGACAGAGAUCGACUUAAAGAGGAAUUGGCACAUACUGAAGCACACUACGGUGCACUCUUGCGAAAGGCCAUGCAGCUUCCACAACCACAGCAAGAUGAAGAGGUAGCCAAAAUCAAGAACUGCUUCAAUACAAAACAAUCAACAACUCGCAGGAAGUAUGGGGUUAAACUUCGGGAAAGACGCACCAAAGCCGAAAUUGAGGCAGAGCGCGAGAGGUUGAUCACAGCACCACCAGAAGAAAAUCUUGGGCGGCGACAAGACGCGUCGGCUAGUCAAAAUGGGUCCGAACCAGUGGGAAAGAAGGCUCGUAUCAACGAAAGAGGCGAUUCUGCACCUACUUCGCAGCCUGCAGUCUCAAGCCCUGUUACUGAAUCACCACGGAAGCGAGUUCGACUGGCAGAUAUGGGUGGCCUAGGUGCAUCAGCAGCCACGGCAGAGCACAUAGAUCCUACCACUGCGGCAGCACAAGACCAUUCAGCGUCACAGCCGCAACCAGCGAAGGAGUCACCUGGUAGUAAUGUUGUCGGAGCUACCCCAGACGCCCCGGCGAGUACAGGAGCACGCAACGACCCGAUGAAGCUUGACGACAGCACUGAUACCGAAGACUCAGACUCUGAGGAAGAAGAUGGCGAUAUCCCUGCUGUUUUGACUAAAAAGAUGUGA